AUUAAAGCCCACAACGGAAUAUGAGUACCUUGUUUGGAAAAUGGAUCUGAAUAAAACUGGACACUUGUUUCAGAUCAAUUCAGUCGGAAGAAAAUAGUGGCUAAAGGGCUUGAGAUGUGUCCUGCAGGAAGAUUUCCAGAGAACCAUAAUUGCAAAUCUGACUUUUAGAAAACUAUAACUACCCAAUCAUCUUAGUUUUCAACAUGAAGCUGUUCAGGAUUUUAUUGGGAGCUUGCUAUUAUAAUCGGCAUCCAACAUCAAUUUUUUUUCUGGAUUAACAUGGAAGACCUUUGCAGUUUCUUUUAAGUGUAUGGUGUCUAGCCUCAUAUUUUGUUAUUAGGAUUAACUCUGGAGAUAUGAUAAUGGUCAACAACAAUUCCAGUAAUUGCACAAUUAUUCAUGAUAUAGAUGUUUAUAUUUUCCCACCCGUUUAUAUCACUGUCAUUGUGAUAAGUUUAUUGUCCAACAGCACAUCCCUGUAUGUUUCUUGCGUACAGAUAAAAAAGAAGAAUGAAUUGGGGAUCUACCUCUUUCAUUUAUCAUUUGCUGAUCUUCUGUACACUCUGAUGUUGCCAUUCUGGGUUGAUUUUACUUUAAAUCAUAAUCACUGGAGAUUUUCCACUGUGAUAUGCAAGAUAAAUGCCUUUUUCAUGCACAUCAAUAUAUACAGCAGUGCAGGUUUUCUCACUUGUAUAUCUCUUGAUAGAUACCUUGCUGUGGUUCAUCCUCUCAAAUUUCGUCAUCUACGAACCAGGAAAAUGGCAAUGUUUGUCAGUCUGGCUGUUUGGAUAAUACAAAGCACCUUGAAUGCUGUAAUUCUGGUUAAUGAAGAAACAUCACGUGAUAAAGAUUCUCACUUACUAUGUUUUGAUGUAUUCCCUAUGACAAAAUGGCAAUCGAACUUCAAUAUUAUGAUUGUUUGCCUAGGACAUUUAAUUCCACUUAUAAUUAUGGUUAUUUGCUAUCAUAAAAUCUACUCUGCAGUGAAGAAAAAUCAAGCCACAGGGGAUAGCGACAAAAAGAAAAUAAGGCAGUUGAUCUUGGUAAUUUUAGUUUUUUUUUUGAUAACCUUAACACCUUAUAAUAUUGUGCUGCUUAUACGCAGUAUAUGGGAACCUUCCAACUGCAAAUUCGCUCAACUUAUGUAUGUACCCUACAAAGUUACUCUUGCAUUAUCAAGCAUCAAUUGCAUUGCUGACCCGUUUCUGUACUGCUUUGUAAGUGAGGCUGGAAGAGCAGAUAUGAUGACGCUAUUAAAUUGCUGUGUCAAUCAGGUGAAAGCAAAUCCAGAAUACAAGCUGGCUACAGUCUCAGUGACAACUUCUCCAGAAAAAUGCAGAGCUCUGUGAAAAUGGGAAAAAACUAAACAAAAAAAUGCACCAUUUAAAAUGACUACUUUAAGUAAAGCAAUUAAUUCAGGAUCAGUUUUAAGAAAAAUACAUUUUAUUUAUUUUAGAAAUGUAAUAAACUUUUGUUUAAAUGAAAAGUAAAAAAAAAAUAAAAAAAAUGUAACCUUUAAAA